AUGACGGCCUUUAUUUCAACCGCACUGAACAAGAUUCUCAGGGGGAACUUUCUGUUUCUUCCUCUGCAUUUCACCUUCACUCUGGCCAGCCUGAAUGAAGUUCUGCAGGCUGAACUGAAAAUGCCGAAGACUUCGGGUACAUGGGAACAGCAUGGGCUCUUGCCUGCUGUGAUCGCCUCAAAGAAAGAGCAGAGGACAAGGCUGAAGAGGUAUCUGGAUCAAGGACUGAUAAAGAAUAUGGCUGUUGCCCCUAAAUUCUACAAGCAUGGCAAGAAGCUGGCUGGUGUAGCAGAAAGCCGCAAUGGGCAGGAGAGCACUGUGCACAAGAGGGAGGCCAGGUCCCACAAAGUUCCACAGGAGGGAAGUUCUCAGGGAACUCAUAUGCCUAGCCAGCAGAGAGAAUGGGCAAUUCUGCCCCAUGUUCCAGUGAAAUUGGAGCAGCAACCAACGAUUUCUUUUUCCUGGGCACCUCGUGAUCCAUCUGUCAGGCCCAAAAGAUUUUCAAGUGCGACCCUGCAACCCAGUGCUACCCCUGGCCCUCUUCUUCUGCAGCCACAGGUCCCUAAUGCCACCAAGCAGGAUUCUGUUGUUGCUCUCUUAGAGUGGCAGAGGAAGCUGGAGGCUGCAGGGCCAACUCUCAGGAUC